ACAGCACCCGCUCGGGCUGAAGUUCGCGUCCCUUGCAACGGGGGUCAAAGUUGAAAACUCGCGGAUGUCUCCAUGUGUGAUAGCGAUUCGCCUACUGAACUGGUGUGUCACAGAAUGUGUCCUUAGGAACUGUCGCGGCGGGGGGCAACACGUACAGUGUGCUGUGGGACUGUGUGCUUGCUUGUCUCUUGUCUCUUGUCUCUUGAAUCAGUGCUGCUGCGCUCUACGUCUUAGGUUUUUGUUUUCUACAGUCGUGUUGAAACAGUGUCGAAUUCCCAGCGUGGUGACAGAGAGCCAUUGUUUCACCUUAUCUAAACGUUUGUUCUACUCGCGCAAAUCCUGGGGGAGGCCUUGUUGUCCCUGCUCUGGGUUACGUCGUAAGACUCUUAUUUGAUUAGCGGAUUUGCCGCUUGUGUUUUCUUGCGUCGUUUGUGUUGUAGUUGUCGUUGGAAAAGGCGACCGCUCUCUUGUCUCACAGAGGUGGACUUGGCGCCGGAGAAAUUUGAGAUUCUGACGGGAUUAGCGGUGGCCCAAGUCUUCUCCUAGUCUUAUCGCCAUCUACAUCAUUUCCAUUAUCAUUAGGUUGAAAGCAGAAUAAUUCAAGUCCUCGAGUGUUUAUUUCGCAACCCCGGAGUGAAUGCAUCGACAGAUCGUCUGCCUAAGGUACAUACCGGUGACUACCCGCAAAAAACCUUCACUGACAACAACAACAGCAUCAACAACAACAACAACAACAACAACAACAACAACAACAACAACAACAACAACAACAACAACAACAAAGUCUUUCAUAAUUUCUGCUUGUAUGAAGCAGGGAAGUCUCUCAGUGUCUCGGUGCUGUCUAUAACAAGACAGGAUAUAAUCCACCAUUUCGGUGCAGUCGUAAACAAGGUGGGAUAUACCCCAACAUUUCGGUGCUAUCUGUUCGGAUCCGGUGGUUAAAGAACCUGGAAGUAUCCAGCGUGACGUCACCAUGUUUGUCGUGAUCAAGUUCGGCAACAACGAAAGUCUGCUGGUCAACCCCAGCUGUGCGGUGAUCAACUUACUGACCAGCAUCAAGAGACGGGCAGGCUUUGGGGGGACCAACAAGACCAUUGACCUGUCGGAUGAAAACGGUUUGGUGAAAGAUCUAGAUGUGCACAAGUUUGAGAACGCCACCAAAUUCUUGCAGUCCCACGAGACCUAUAUACUGGUGCAGAAGGAAUUACAAAAUGAAGAUGGGUCAUCGCCAUUGUCCUCAACAACCCAAUACACGUACAUUCCUCUUCUAGAAAGAUACGCAGAGCUCUUCCCCAACUUCCGGAUCCACGUAGCGGAAAUUCCCGACAGCCAGAGGAAGAAACGAGUGCGCACAGGUCAAAAGUCACCGAGCCCGGCCGGCAAACUUAUGGGCAGGGGCACGAAAAAACAGGAACCCCCACCCCGCAAGUCUAACAGGAAAAAGUGAACGGCAACAUUGGAUGUGAUAUGGAAAAAACAUAAUGUGGUACAUUUGUAGAAAAGGUCCAUACCCAUUUUGUACAAUUUUUCGGCACUAAUACACCGUUUUUAAAUGUGCCGAGAACGAUUUUGGCACCAAAAACUGUCGCAAACCAUUAUUUUUGUAAAUGCAGCAGGGAUCUGCCCCCCCCCCCCCUUUUUGCGCGACUUUAUGGGGUGCGCAUGCGCAGUAUUAUUGGGGAAGGAAAAUGUCAGCUUGCACGAGAUCUCUAACGCAAAUAGUGCAACGUCAAACCUUGAUAUCUAAAUAAACCAUAGAUUUGCCAAAGUUUUAAGUUACAUUUCCUAAAUCAGGAAGCAAAAAUACAUGGCAAAGACAUGAAAUCGGACGUGUAACUGGAUUUGGACCUUUUCUAUAAUAAAACCAAACUGAUUAUUUAUGGUUAAUUUAAGAACUUUCUCUGUAAAUACGAUGGCAUAUAAUAUUAUCAUAAUAUAACGUACACAACACUGCAUGAAGAGGGACAUCUGACUCAAGACUGGCAGGUUGCAAACAGCUGCACACAUGUCUACAGUACAUAGAUGUACAUAGAUCUAUCAUAGUAUUAUAUUCUUAGGUUGAUCUUUUUUGUGGUUGGUGCCCCACUCUUACCGUGUAUGUGUGUGAACUGUCAUUUUUAGAGAUUUAAAAAUAUAAAGACCUCUCCUCCUCUUUUCCUUUAUUUCUUUUAAAAAAUUAUUUACAGAAUUGCUCAAGAUUUGGUGUAGAGUAGACUUAUUGUUUAACACAUUAUGAAGUCACCAGACAUAUUAAAUGCAGUUGCGAAUAACAUAAUUUGAGACCAAAUGAGUGUGUGACCUAAUCCGGCUGAUGCGCGUUUAGAGUGGGACAUCAACUUUGUGAACUUGCAUAAAUACUGUGAGAUAUUUGUGUAAUGUCUUGUGAACUUGCAUAAAUACUGUGAGAUAUUUGUGUAAUGUCUUGUGAACUUGCAUAAAUACUGUGAGAUAUUUGUGUAAUGUCUUGUGAACUUGCAUAAAUACUGUGAGAUAUUUGUGUAAUGUCUUGUGAACUUGCAUAAAUACUGUCAGAUGUUAGUUUCUCGCCUUGUGAACUUGCAUAAAUGCUGUGAGAUGUAUGUAUCCCGUCUUAUGAACUUGCGUUAAUUCUGUGAGAUCUUUGUAUCCCAUCAUGUGAACUUGCAUAAAUUCUGUGAGAUCUUUGUAUCCCAUCAUGUGAACUUGCAUAAAUUCUGUGAGAUCUUUGUAUCCCAUCAUGUGAACUUGCAUAAAUUCUGUGAUAUCUUUGUAUCCCAUCAUGUGAACUUGCAUAAAAAUACUGUGAGAUCUUUGUUUCUCGUCUUGUGAACUUGCAUAAAUACUGUGAGAUGUAUGUAUCCCGUCUUGUGAACUUGCAUAAAUACUGUGAGAUCUUUGUAUGUAUCCCGCCUUGUAAACUUGCUUACAUACUGUCAGAUGUAUGUAUCUCGUCAUGUGAACUUGCAUAAAUACUGUGACAUGUAUGUAUCCCGUCUUGUGAACUUGCAUAAAUACUGUGACAUGUAUGUAUCCCGUCUUGUGAACUUGCAUAAAUUCUGUGACAUGUAUGUAUCCCGUCUUGUGAACUUGCAUAAAUUCUGUGAGAUGUAUGUAUCCCGUCUUGUGAACUUGCAUAAAUUCUGUGAGAUGUAUGUAUCCCGUCUUGUGAACUUGCAUAAAUUCUGUGAGAUGUUUGUAUCCCGUCUUGUGAACGCUCGCGUGUGUGUACCUAAGAUAUUGACACGUGGGCACUACCACACUGCGUGAUUUUGAACCACAGUGCAUGUUGUGUAGUGCAGUUGCGAGUGUGUUGUUGCGGAAAUAUCAGGUGCAGACUACUUUAAAAAUUGCCAUGACGUAACCCAUGAAGCCUGA